AUGGUUAAGAAGGAAAGUAAUGGGGCAAGUGGAUCACAACUGCCAGCUGUAUGGAAUGCUCACAAUACAUCACUAUUUUGUGACGUGUGUAUCAAGGAAGUGGAGGCAGGAAAUCGUCCUGGUACCCACUUUAAAAAAGAGGGAUGGGAAAAUGUGAGUAUUAACCUAAAUAAAGAGACUGGAGAUGAGUAUAGUAAACAACAGCUAAAAAAUAAGUGGGAUGCACUUAAAGAGCAAUGGAAAUUAUGGAAAGAACUAAAGGGAAAAGAAACUGGUCUAGGAUGGAAUCCCAAGCUCAACACCGUUGAUGCUUCGGAUGAGUGGUGGCAUAAUAAAAUUCAGAUCAACAAAAAAUAUAAAAGUCUGCGUAGAAAAGGAAUUAGCCCUGAUAUGGAAGAUAAGCUAGAUAGGAUGUUCAUGAAUACCACUACUGGUGAUCAUGCUUGGGCACCCUCGUCUGGUGUACUUCCAUGUGAAAAUAAUGAUGAAUCUGAUGAGGAUGAUGGCAUUCAAAUUGACAGUAGUGAUUUUGAUGAUGUUAUCCCACUCAAAAAUACUCAAGCCGAUGAGAAGUAUUUGGGGAAGAAGAAAAAAAGAACUCAACAAUUUGAUACACAAGUUAAGAAAGAGAAUAAGGAUAAAGGAGUUGUUGCAAAGAAGGGGAAAUUGGGAGGUGCUGCUAAGUUGUCAGAACAGAUUGAUCGUAUGGUUAGUGCAAUUGAGAGUAGAAAUACAACAACUUCAAACAUGGCCAAGGGCUUACAAAAUAGUAGCAUUGCUGAAGUGAUGAAGAUAGUUUCAUCUUUACCUGAUCUCUUUCAAGAUAUGGACAUCUUGCAAGAUGAGGAAGAGUUCAACCAAACUGUAUGCCUUUGUGUUCGACAAGGUGAAGGGAAUAGGUCAGCACAAGAACGAUUUCAACACUCCGGCGAGACUGUGAGCAGAUACUUUAGUCAGUUACUUGAUAUUGUAUGCCUUAUGGCUGUUGAUGUUAUCAAACCACUGGAUCCUAUGUUUAAUGGUGUCUCUGCAGAGAUAUUAAGCGACUCUAGAUAUAUGCCCCACUUUAAGAACUGUAUUGGUGCUAUUGAUGGUGUACAUGUUCAAGCCACAAUACCUCCCGGAGAUCAAAUACCAUAUAUUGGCAGGAAAGGGACACCAACUCAAAAUGUAAUGGCCGUAUGUAAUUUUGACAUGCAAUUCAUCUUUGCAUGUGCAGGUUGGGAAGGAACUGCACAUGAUACAAGGAUAUUUUUAUCUGUUUUACGAAACGGUGCUUUAAAUUUUCCUAAGCCUCCUAAUGGAAAAUAUUAUCUUGUGAAUGCUGGGUACCCACAGAUGAGCGGCUAUUUAGGACCCUAUAAAGGUGAAAGGUAUCAUCUUCCUGAUUUUCGUAGGGGCAGAGAACCAACAGGAUCUAGAGAGGUAUUUAACCACAUACACUCUUCUCUUAGGAGUGUCAUUGAACGCACUUUUGGUGUAUGGAAAAAGAGGUGGAGCAUUUUAAGAGACAUGCCUAGUUACUCAUUUAAGAAGCAAGUAAAGAUAAUAAUCGCAACUAUGACGCUUCACAAUUAUAUAAGAAGGUAUGCCCGACGUGAUAAUCAUUUUGACAACAUGAAGGAUGACUUGGAUGAUGACACAAACUCGGAUGAAGAACAAGAAGAAUAUCAUAUUACCGAAGGACCCGAAGCACAAGAAAUAGAGACAUUGAGGAACAACAUUGCUGCAAGUUUGAUGUGUUCGUAA